UAAAAAGAACAAAAUGAAAAGUGUUGUGGCGCUUUUCCUUGUUCUUUCAACAGUUUACGCAAGAUCUUUGCUCGGCAACCAGCUGGCCAAGAACCAUCAUACAUAUGGAUACGGACACGGACUGAAACGCUGCGUCAACAUGUGGGACGAAGGUUGCAUCAACGGGCAACUUGGCGGUUCAGGCAGCGACGAUUACUACCUUGGAGGUAGCUUCAACCCCGGCAAGCGGUGCGUCAACAUGUGGGACGAAGGCUGCAUCAACGACCAGCUCGGCGGAUCAGGCAAGGACGAUUACUACCUUGCUGGAAGCUUCAACCCCGGCAAGCGGUGCGUCAACAUGUGGGACGAAGGCUGUAUCAACGGCCAGCUCGGCGGAUCAGGUGGCGAUGAUUAUUACCUGAACGGUGGAUUCACUCCGGGACGCGUGUAAUCCGAAACUCGUCCGUGUUUAUUUCAAGUUCCCAACCAUCUUCCAUGCAGCUUUAAGUUUGCUGAUUUGCGGUGUUUAGUAUGUUGUGUUGUAUUUAUU